ACCAUUUCUAUUGUCAAAACAAGCAAGAAGAAAAGAUAGACAUGGCCUCUAUACGUACUCAUAGUACAUACGACAGACAUGGGUAUACUUACUACCCUGUCGCUAUUAUAGGUGCCGGGGAAUCUGGAAUUGCCAUGGGAUGUCAGCUCAAACAACAGCUGAAUUUUGAUCAGUUCCGCAUAUUUGAGAGGAGAUCUGGAAUAGGCGGUACCUGGUGGAGUAAUAGAUACCCCGGGGUUGCUUGCGAUAUACCGGCAAUCCUAUAUUCCUUCUCUUUCGCACAAAAUCCCAAAUGGACAUCGAUGUUCCCCUCCGGAAGGGAGAUUGCAGCGUAUCUCGCCGAUGUGUGUGCCAAGUACGAAAUCGUCGACAAGCUCCAGUUUCAUACAGAGGUGACGGAAAUGAGAUGGUUGGAGGACGAAGAAGAGUGGGAGAUAUGUAUAACCCAUCUCGCGCCCGGAACAGGCGACUGGUCAGAGGCCGAAAGACGUGAUAAAGCAGCUACCGAGGUCCCUCAAAGUGUCUAUCUCGCAACUGAAAAGAUACGGGCAAAGAUCGUCAUCAGUGCCGUCGGAGGCUUGGUAGAACCGCAGGAGAUACCGAAAAACGUCCCGGGAUUUGACAUAUUUGAAGGUGAACUCACUCACACCGCAAGGUGGGAUGAGGAUAUCGACGUAAAGGGAAAGGAUGUGGUUGUUGUUGGCACCGGGGCUAGUGCUGCUCAGGUUGUUGUCAGUUUAUCGUCGAGUGACUACGGCGCCAAGUCGGUCACACAACUCCUGAGGACCGCGCCGUGGAUCAAACCGGACGAUGACGGUAAACAGCUGACAGACGAGACCCUACAGCAACUGUCAUGGUAUUUCCAGUACAUACCGGGAUUUCAACGAGCCUAUCGAUCGUUGGUCUUCUUUCUGCUUGAGCAUGAGUUCUUCUUGAUAUUCUCAAAUACAAACUAUUCCAGAAAGUAUCGAAAAGGAGAGGAAGAAAAAUACCGUCGUUUCUUGAAAAAGACGGCUCCAGCCAAGUAUUUGGAUAUGCUGACUCCAGACUAUGAUCUCGGGUGCAAGAGGCGGAUCAUUGGUAGCGACUGGUUGAGAAGCUUGCAUCGUCCAAACGUAAAUUUGACUUCUCGCCGACUCAAGAGCGUUAACGCUCAUAGUGUCACACUUGGCGCGCCAACUUAUCCUCGCAACGCUCAGAAUAAACAUGACGCCGAUGAAGGUGAAGUCCAGCUUCCUGCGGAUAUCCUGAUAUUGGCAAAUGGGUAUCGAACAAAUGAAUAUCUGCACCCUAUUAGUAUGAUCGGUCGAGGCGGCCGGAGCAUCCAUGAUGUUUGGAAAGAGAGGGGCGGUCCGCAGGCAUAUCUCGGAAUUGCAAUGGACAAAUUUCCCAAUUUCUUCAUGCUAUUCGGACCCAAUACCACUACCGGCCACACCAGUGUUAUCCUCGGAAGCGAAAACGCCAUCUCUUACACUAUGAGACUGGUCACGCCGAUUCUCAAAGGUACCGUGAGUACUUGGGAAAUAAAAGAAAAAGCCGAGUUGGAAUGGGCCAAUAAAGUCCAGGACGAAUUGAAGAAAACCCCGUUCAACAACGGUAGCUGUACCAGUUGGUACACAAAUGACAGAGGCUGGAACUCAACCUCAUAUCCCUUCUCCCAAAUUGACUACGGCCUGCGAUGCAUGUUCCCAGUUUGGAAACACUGGGAAAGUAAGCUAACCACCGAAGGUUUGAAACAACGAAGAAGGAAGGCCUUGCGUCGUAGCAUUGCACUGGUUUUAGCGGUAACAAUCUACUUCUGGGGAAGAAGGAAUCCGUCGGGAGUGCAGACUGUCAAAAUGACUAUAACUCAAGUAUUUUCGAAGGUGUUGGUAUCUGCAGGUCGUCUGUUGCAUAGCAUAGCGUCUUGACUUGCUCCUUCAAGAUAGUGUAGUAUGAAUUAACAGUAGUAAUAUCGGUA